CCUCAGACACAACCUAUGAACGUACAGCCACAGAGUCGGCCGUUUGUGACAGGACCCCGGCCUGCCCACCAUCAGUUCCUUCACAGAGCCCAGAUGCAGACGGCACGACCAACCAUUCCCACCAACAGUCCGUCCAUCCGGCCCAGCUCUCAGACACCCGCGGCUGCAGUGUAUCCCCCCAACCAGCCCAUCAUGAUGACCAUGACCCCGGUGCCCUUCCCCUCUCCGCAGGCGGCCCAGUACUACAUCCCUCAGUACCGUCACAGCACUCCAUAUGUGGGACCACCACAGCAGUAUUCAGUGCAGCCUCCAGGAACCGGAACCUUCUAUCCCGGCCCGGGGCCAGGGGAGUAUUCAGCUGCUUAUGGUGAGUCAUCCUCUGCCUCACCUGGACCCCCGUAUUACCCCGGUCAGACAGUGUACCCUGCCUCUCCCCCUAUCAUAGUGCCUACACCACAGCAGCCUCUACCAGCCAAGCGUGAGAAGAAACCAAUCCGUAUCCGAGACCCCAACCAGGGCGGUAAGGACAUCACAGAGGAAAUCAUGUCAGGAAGCCGGAACCCAACCCCUCCAGGGGGGAGACCGUCCUUCACCCCAACACCUCCAGAGCCGUCUAGCAGUAGCCAGACCCCUGAGCAGCCCUCAGCGGCGUACAGCGUGGAGACUCCUCCGCAGCCCAGUGCUGCACCUACAGAUGUCAGAGUCAAGCCAGUAGAGGACAAACCAAAACUGGAGUCUGGUGUUCAGAAGAGUUCUCCUCCUCCUGGACUAGGGCCUUCAACAGUCUCCACAGAGAGGAGGGAAGCCCCCAGUCUUCCUGUGUCAGACACACCUUUGCGCUCUGAACCAGAGCCUCUUGUUCCUCCACCCAGCACGCCCACACUUCCUGGCAGCAACUCUGUGAAGCUCUCCUCUGCAGGGGAGCAUGAGGAGCUCCAGCCUGCAACUACAGUCACUGCCUCUCCAUCUCAGUCCCAGAUAGCUGAUACAGACCAGUUUCUCACAGAACCAUCUCCCAGCCCGUCAGCCUCGCCCUCCCCUCCACUCAAAGCAGUGAAUGGCUUGGCAGAAUCUCCGGCUCCCUCCCCAAACCACGAAGAAGAGCUGUACCCGGAGGAACCCACAGCAGAUUCUCUGCCUAGCCUAACCCAGGUCUCAGUUCUGACAAUGUCCUCCAUUGAGGACCCCAGGGAAGCUUCGGUUCUUCCCAGUGAAGAACUUCGGCCGGAGCCCCUCACCACUACACCCUCUCCUGGACCUGUGGAGCCACCCUCCUUGAUGUCCUCCCUCCCCUCUAACAGAACCUCUGUUCUGGCACCUCCCCCUGGUUUGCCUCCCCUGCUGCAGCCUGCAGUCAGCGAGGCUCUUGAACACAAGACAUCAGACACUAAUAAUGCCAUCAUGGCAGAUGAAGCCACAGCAAAAGAUGCACAAGACGCAGAGGAUUCACAUAGUCAGUGCAAUUUCAAAGACAUUGAUCCGACAGCUCAAACUCCUCUUAGUGCACCAAAGUCUUGGAAGACACCAAAUGAAGAGAGUCCGCAAGUGGAACCCCCUCAGAAAGAGAAGGAGGAAGGGCCCGUGACGGAGGACACCACUGGAGACCAGGCUUCAGAGUCCCCCGCCGAGACAUGCAGCAGCACCACUCCAGUGCCCGAUCUCCAAGACUCUAAGUCCCCUGUCCCUGAGGAGAACGGUGAGACAGAGCAGGAGCCCCUGCGGAAUGGGGCUGGACACGUCUCAGAGACAGAGAGCAGUGACAGUGGCAUCACAUCCGGGGAGAGAGAAGGGACCACGGUGUCUCACCCCUACAUCUUACAAGAGGAGCCUGUGCAAGCCAAUGGCAAACGGCAGUAUGACAGAGACUUCCUGCUGGGCUUCCAGUUCAUGCCCGCCUGUGUACAGAAACCAGAGGGACUGCCCCAGAUAAGUGAUGUAGUCCUUGACAAGAUUAACCAAAACAAGCCGCCAAUGAGAGCAGUGGACCCCAGAGUAAUCUCCAGAGGCCCUGACUUCACUCCCGCCUUUGCUGACUUCAGCAGACAAAUAUCAGGAGGACGAGGAGCUGCUCUCAUCAGCGUCGGCGUGCGGAGACCCCAGCCACGCAAGAUCAUUAUGAAUGUGUCUGUUAAUGAUGAGGUGCAGCUGAAGAAGGCGGAGAACGCAUGGAAACCAGGCAUGAAGAGGGAAUCUGUCACAGAGGAUACAGAGACCCAGAAAACACAGGAACUUUUCCGAAAGGUGCGGAGCAUCCUGAACAAGCUUACUCCCCAGAUGUUUAACCAGCUGAUGAAGCAGGUGACAGACCUGACCAUUAACACUGAGGAGAGGCUCAAAGGAGUCAUAGACCUGGUGUUUGAGAAGGCCAUCGAUGAACCCAGCUUCUCUGUGGCUUAUGCCAACAUGUGUCGCUGCCUGGCUACGCUCAAAGUUCCCAUGACUGACAAACCCGGGACUACGGUGAACUUCCGCAAGCUGUUGUUAAACCGCUGUCAGAAAGAGUUUGAGAGGGACAAGGUGGACGACGUGGUGUUUGAGAGGAAGCAGAAGGAGUUGGACUCGGCAACCUCGGCCAGUGAGCGAGAACAGCUACAAGAAGAACUGGAGGAGGCCAAGGACAAGGCUCGACGUCGUUCCACCGGCAACAUCAAGUUCAUCGGCGAGCUUUUCAAGCUGAAGAUGCUGACGGAACCCAUCAUGCACGACUGUGUGGUGAAGCUGCUGAAAAACCAUGACGACGAGAGCUUAGAGUGCCUCUGCAGGCUGCUCACAACCAUCGGCAAGGACCUGGACUUUGAGAAAGCUAAGCCUCGCAUGGAUCAAUAUUUCAACCAGAUGGAGAAAAUUGUGAAAGAACGAAAGACGUCAUCACGAAUCCGGUUCAUGCUGCAGGAUGUGAUUGACCUCAGACUGCAUAACUGGGUGUCAAGGAGAGCAGACCAAGGACCCAAAACCAUUGAGCAGAUCCAUAAGGAGGCGAAGAUUGAGGAGCAGGAGGAGCAGAGGAAGGUUCAUCAGCAGCUGCAGUCAAAGGACAGCAAAAGGAGACCAGACCAGAGAGAUCAGCGUUCUCAAAGAGAGGAUACUUGGAACACAGUCCCCAUGACCAAGAAUAGCCGAGCCAUCGACCCCACCAAGAUUCCCAAGAUUUCCAAGCCUCAGAUUGAUGACAAGAUCCAGCUGGGACCGCGGGCUCAGGUCAACUGGAUGAAAGGUAGCAGCGGUGGGGCUAAGGCCAGUGACACUGAGCUGUCACGGUCUGGAGGCAGCAGUUUGAACAGAUACUCUGCACUGCAGUCCUCCACACCCCAGCCUACCACGGGACCAGCUCAGAGCCCUGAAUCAGAUCCCAAAAGAGCACUGGGAAGUCGAGGUAGUUCAGGUCGGGAGAGAAACGAGAAGCCUCUGAUCUCUGGAGUGACGCGGCCAGGACCCUUCAGGCGUGGCAGCAGCAAUAAGGAGCUGACAGAGAGUGUGGUUCCUGAGGAGUCCCACAGAGAGGAGCCCAACACACAAGCCCGAAAAGCCAGCCUCUCAGAGGACAAGAACCAGCCCGAACACAACAAAGCUAAGGAACAUGUGAAAUCAGAGAACCUGGCAGCUGUGGCCCCAGUGAAACCAGUCUUAUCUGAGGAGGAGAUGGAGAGGAAAUCCAAAUCCAUUAUUGAUGAGUUUCUUCACAUCAAUGAUUAUAAGGAGGCGAUACAGUGUGUGGACGAGCUGGACCACACGUUUCAGCUCAGUGUGUUUGUGCGUAUGGGAGUGGAGUCUACACUGGAGCGCAGUCAGAUCGCCAGAGACCACAUUGGCCAGCUCUUCUUCCAGCUGAUCCAACGGGGCAUCCUGCCUCACACACAGAUCUUCAAAGGGUUUACUGAGACGCUGGAGUUAGCGGAUGACAUGGCUAUAGACAUUCCACACAUCUGGCUUUACCUGGCAGAGCUUCUCAACCCCUUACUGAGAGAGGGUGGCAUCUCCAUGAGAGAGCUCUUUACUGAGUUAAGUAAACCAUUACUCCCUGUGGGAAGAGCUGGCAUCUUAUUCUCGGAAAUACUGCACAUACUAUGCAAACAAAUGAGCCAUAGGAAAGUGGGAGCAUUAUGGAGAGAGGCUGGCCUGAGCUGGAGUGACUUUCUGCCUGAGGGAGAGGAUGUCCAAAACUUCAUCUCGGAACAUAAGCUGCAGUUCACAGUUUCAGACUGCUCCUCUGUCAACCCUGUCCCUGUGAAAAGGAAUCUCUCAGUGGAGGAGCUUACCAUUCAACUGGAGCGCCUCCUGCUGGAGGACAUGGCUAGUGAUGAACAGAUCUUUGACUGGGUUGAGGCAAAUCUAGAUGAAUCUCAGAUGAGUUCUUCUCCAUUCUUGAGAGCUUUAAUGACUGCAGUGUGCAAGGCAGCCGUGAAAAAUGAAAGCUCCUCCUGCAGAGUGGACACAACCAUAAUCCAGAAGAGAUUGCCUGUAUUACACAAGUAUCUUAACUCAGACACUGAACGUCAGUUACAAGCACUUUAUGCACUUCAAGCAUUAAUAGUUACUCUUGAUCAACCUCCCAACCUGCUCCGAAUGUUCUUUGACUGUCUGUACGACGAGGACGUCAUUUCAGAGGAUGCUUUUUAUAAAUGGGAGUCAAGCAAGGACCCUGCAGAGCAACUGGGCAAGGGUGUAGCUCUUAAAUCUGUCACCGCCUUUUUCACCUGGCUGCGUGAGGCGGAGGAGGAGUCAGAAGAUAAUUGACGAGAGGAGAAGGCCACUUCCAGUUAA